UUAGCUUUUUUUUUCAGUUUAUGCAUUUUAUACCUGAAGCAUGCUAUAGAAGACCUUUGGAGCCUAGAGCUCUUGUCUACAGUAGAGGCGCCACUGCUAUUACAAUGGGUUUAGCAUUUUUAGCUUUCUGUGGAUACUUGAUCAACUUGAUGUAUCAUGAUCGACCAUUAAUCCAAACAUCAUCAGAAGCGAUCACUAACAAGAUUGAUACGCCCGAUAUUGAGUUUUGUGUGCAAAACACAACUAUGCAUAUGGUACAUUGCUCGGGGAUGUUCUUUAAUUGGACAACGAUCCCAUUAAAUGACUGUUGGACAAGAUUUUUCCGUGCGGGAGAGUCAACAGGCGAUACAUCUAGAUGCUAUAUUUUUGAGACCAACGGCACGAUGAGCAUGGCAACGGGCUUUGCUUAUGAUAACAGAGAGGCGAUGAGAAGAAUUGAUUUUUACUGGAAGAUUGAUGACUUACAGAACAUCUCUUACGCUUCUAUUUCAACUCCAGCAAUAGCCGUUCAACUGUAUGAUCCACAAUUUAGUCCAUGGAAGAAGUACACAAUCGGUGACACACCUGUAGAGCAAAGAAUGCUCACCAAUAUUAGACUGGGUGCUAAUAGGGCAACUACUUUUUUGAACUAUUCAUCAUCCAUAUUCUAUACCCCAAAGCGAUACCGCGCUAUUAAACCACACGAUGCAGCUUCAAUUUUUGGCUUUACACCAAACUAUGUAGAUAUUCAUACUCUUUCAAUCUUCCAACAAAACUGGCCACUCGCGCCUUCACCUCCCAACUCAAUCGUCAACAGAACCUCAUACCAUGGUUUCAUGUCUGUCCAGUUAGCCCAAAGCACUAUUGAUGUGAUGUCAGAAGUAAGACAGCAUACAUUGCUUGCUUCUCUUGCCAUGGCAGGUGGUUGUUAUGGAGUUCUUACCACUAUAUAUAUUAUUCUUUUCGGCAUGACAAGAUUAACACCAUGGGGCUUGGUUCAUCAUGUACCAGUUAUGAUCAAUAACCGAAAACAAAAGAAAGGCAAACAAGACAAUACCGAAAUGUACAUGUCUGGUCAAGAAGCAGAAGACAAUAAGUAUACCACAUAUGCUUCCUCCACGUCAUCCAUACUACCGUGGUUCUUCCGCAGUGGAGAGCGAAGCAAAACGAUGAUAAGGAAACAGAGAAGAGAAAGUGAUUCGACAACCGGGUCAGAUAAAGGAGCAGCCGAACUUAGAGAAUUUAAUAGAACACCUAUCCAAGAAAACGUAUUUGUACCAGAUAGUUCUAUUCAUGAUCAAAAUACCAACAGCACCUCAUUUGAGGCUUUAAUGGCUGAUCCUUUCGGUAAAUCCAACGAAAGCCCAAAGGUCUCUAGAGAUCCAUUUAGUCUGCCUUCACUCAAUGACAAGACAACUGAUUAUCAAAAGACAACAACUCCUGUUUCUGCAGAUAUUCAAGCAAUAUAUGAUAUGCUACGUAAAGAGCGCAAUAAGAAUAGCGAGUUAAGCUCAAGAGUAGAAGAACUUGAAGUGAUCUUGGCAGAGUACUUUAUUGAUACCUCCUAUGUGGAUAAGCUUCGUGGAAAAUCCAAGGCACUGGAAGGAGAUGCAGAUGUAACUCAACGUGGGAAUCUACCGUAAUUUUAGUCUUUAGUUUUAUUAUUAUAUUCUUUAUGCAUAACUAGAAAAAUAAUGAGUAAAAAAUAAUAUAUUAUCGUUUUAUACUUGUCGAGAUAUUAAGAAAUGCACUGUUGUUUACGAACAGCGCAUUAAAUUCAGGGAGCGCCGUUAGUCUUUUGUAGAUCCUGCGAAGGAGGGAAGACUUUCAUUGUUAUGUUUUGAUUUGUAAACAAAGAUAUCAUAUAUAUUUAAUGCACCGUUC